AAAAUUACCCUCAGAGACCCUCCAAGAGAUGCUUCGUACUAAACCCGUAUUAACAAUUCUUCUCUUUCAGUGAACUUACCCUGGUACAUAUGCAGUAAGUUGUGUCAGGGGUUAGGCCUGAAGAGUUAUUCAAUCAAAAUAACUGUAAAUAUUAAAAUAAGAAACAGAGUGGCAGUCGCAAGAGGAACAAUCAUAUGGAACAUAACCAGCAAGUUUGAGUUUUAUUGAUUCGAAAUAUCUAAUUGAUUCUUUGAGGACUGUGCUUAUAUUUAUGAACACUUGAUUUAUUAAUGGUGAUUCCAUAGCAAAUGAAUAUUUGCAUGCUGCAGUUAUGUGCUUCCAUUGUGAAAACAUAAUUGUUUUAUGGUGAUAAUAUGUCAAAAUCAAGCAUAAGAAAAAUAACGGUUGACCCUACGAAAUGUAAUACAGACUCUCGUCGACCAAGUGUGUUUGAGAGGUUGGGGACCAAACCAGCAGUUACUGCCGGCCAAAAUUCAUCGGAUUAUUGUAGAAACUGGGCAUUGAAUGGCAGUUGUUCGUAUGGAAAAAAUUGCAAAUAUGCAAAUACUCACACAUUAAUAAGUCCAUCCAAGCGUGCCAAGAAGGAUAAUGCUAUUACAACUACUACAGGACUUAUUGAGGAUCCAUUUAAAAGGCUUACUUCUAAGAUUGUAAAAAAGGCAUCGCACAGUCCUGAUUUAAAUCUAGAAGAUUGGAAUCAAACAGAUUUAGAAUACGAAGACGAGAAAGUGUUGGAAAGGCGUAGACAGCUUUUACAGCGUGAAUUAGAGCUACAAAUGAAGAAAGAUAAAGAAGUUCAUGGAAAAGACAAAGUGAGACAGAAGAAAAAGGCAAUGACGUCUUCCUCUAGUUCUCGUACUUCAAGUACAUCCAGUAGUAGUAGCAGUUCCAGCAGUGAAGAUUCAUCUUCUAGUUCAACCUCUGAUUCACGAAAGAAGGUUAAAAAAAUUAAAUCUAAACGACACCAUAGCGGUUCUACAGAUUACGAUGAAGAUAAAGAAAGAAGACGAAAAUUGAAAUUGAAAAGGCUUGGUACUAAAAAUGACAAACCAGCUGUUAAAAAGAAGCGUAAACUGGAAAGUAAUUUGACGAAAAAAGAAGUUGCUGGGAGAUCAGCUAAGAAAUAUACUUCAUCUUCAACGUCAAGAAAACAUUCUUCUACUCCUCGUACAAGAUCACCAGUAAUACAAGUGCCUGCCGCGGUUGCAUCUACAGCAGCAACAGUAUUGGGUUCUUCGGUAUCAGUGCCUCAUCAUGCAGCAUCAAAUAAAGCUAGAGAACGAAAUAGGACGGAAUCUCCGAAAGCAACUAAAGCUAGAGAUGUAGAGAAAGAGGACAGGCAUUAUAAGAAGGUACGAGAUGCGGAUGAAGUACCUAAAGACAGCACUAAAACUAAAUCCUUUGACAAAGGGAAAGAACAAGAAAAAGAAAAAAAUCGUGCGUUAGAGGAGAAAAUAAAAAUCGACGAAAGGAUGAAAGUAAAAUGCAAAGAUAAAGAUUUACGCUCGAGGACACCACCACCAUCCGAAAGAUCAAAGCAUCAACAUUCUAAAGAAGCAGUCUCAACAAAAGCUCGUCGUAGUCGUACGCCCGAGAAAUCUUCAAGAUCGAAACGGGAGCCGUCACCCUCGAAAACUCAAGACAGACAGAUUUCUGCGAACAGAUCAAGAGACGUUGAGAAAAAGGAUCGUGAGUCUCAUAAGAGCGACAAAACGAAGGACAGAGAAGAUAUCAGGAAGACUGAACCAAGCAGUAGAACCAGACAAGUGACAAGUCAGGAAGAAAGCCACAGACGAAUUGGAAAAGAGUUCGACGACAAAGCUUACGUGGGUGAUAAAACGCGACAGAAAAGUAGAGAGCGGCGCGAUAAGGACCACACGAGAGACGAACGAGGUCAUUCGAGGCUUGGCCGAGACCAACGAGAUCCGCGUGAUAAAGACAAGGAGGAUUUGCAGGAACGUUGUCGCGAAAGACAACGGGAGAGGGACCGUGACCGCGACAGAGAUCGAGAACGCGAUCGUGACAGGGAGAGAGACCGAGAUCGCGAUCGUGACAGAGAUCGUGACAGAGAUCGUGACAGACAACGGGAGAGGGAUCGCGAUCGAGACAGAGAUCGGGAAAAAGAAACUUUAAAAGCUAGAGAUAGGGAUGUUCCACCUCUGGUUUCCACAUCGAUAAGUUUAGCAGCGGAUAAAAAUCCGCGUUAUAGUCGCGACAAAGAACGAAUAGUUGGAAAAGAUAGUGCCUUUGAGAAGAAUGGUACACGGGAGCGUAGAAGUGACAGAGAAAGGGAACGAUCUGAAACGAAAGCACUCUCUGAUCGAGACAGAACAUCCUCGCAGCGAAUUGAUAACAGAUACGACAGAACUGCCGUUGACAAGGAUGCACCUGCUCGUAAGACCGGUGUAAAUUCUCCUAGAGAUCGUUUCCCACGCGAAAGAUCGCUAGACCGAUCAACUUUGUUGGAUAAGUCGGUGCAUAACGCGCCGCCUCCGUCGCAAGCGCCUUCCCUGCCACCUGUUCAAUCUUCUAUAGCGUCUUCAUCAUCUUCUUCCGCGCCAGCUACGCUGUCAACGUCGCGAGACAACUUAAUCGACAGGAUAGACACCGGACAUUACGACCGAGAAAGACACAGGCGAUUCGGUACAAGACGGGAAACCAGUCCACGACGUACCAUUGAAAUUGAUAGGAAUUAUAAUAGGAAUUAUGGACGGUUGUCCGAGCAUUGGGACGAGCAAGAGGAAGCAUCCACACAUUUGGAUUAUCGUGAACAUCACGUCCACGAGGAUGAGAGGAGGAAACCUGUCGAUGGAAGAAGGUACGACAGUCCUUUCGAGGAGAGGCGAGGGAUUCGCGAAGAGAGAUCUCGGGAAUCUAGAUAUGUUGUACAAACGGCAGACAGGACGUCGUUUGAAGAUCACCGGCAUCAUCACCAUCAUCACAGACACCCGUUGUAUCCGGGGGAAAAGUUACGGAGUAAUACGUCUAUUCGCGAUGAAAAUGUUCCCAAUGAUGAUUGGGAUAAUCAUCAUAGAGAUGUAGAACACGGUAGAGAACGAGCUUAUGGUCCCGUUGAUUGGGAGGAAAGAGAAUGGCGUGUCAGAGCAUUAUGGGAUAGCAGAGAUAGUCUUCCUCGUUCAGAAGUACACGAUGAAGACUGGAAUUCCCGCUAUGAUAAUUCUAUUGCAGAUUGGAAAUCAAAUGACGCCCGAAAAUGGGAUAACCAAUCUGUGCAUAUUCGCGGCCAUUAUAGAAAUGAUCGUUCAAAAGAAAUAGAAAUAGGAGAAUCUACAUCUCAUACUAAAAGAAGAACUUACAAUAAUUCAGAAACUAGGGAUGAGUGUACAGUUCAUACUUCUAAACAAGCAUCUUUGUAUGGUAGCAUGAAGGAAGAGCCUAUUAAUAAAAAGUUAAUGGAACUGGCAGAGGGUAAACUGUCUACAACUCGCGAGAAGUCUAUAGAUAGUUUUCCGAAAAAAGUUUUGUUAAAAGAAAAAUCUGAAACGAAGGAAACCGUUACGACUGAACCGAAACGUUCCUGCAUCGAUGAAUCUUUACAAACUCUUCAUACCGAAAGUGAUCUUAGUGACAUUAGUGAUGAUCCAGAUGACAUAUUAAACAUGGAAGAUAUUACAGAUGUUGAUACAAAUAAAACACGAUCAAAGAAAACUCCUGAUACAACGCAAAGAGAUACACAGAUAACGACUCAAGAAACAGCCCCGUCAUCUCCAAAAGAGACCAUAGAAGAAACUGUAUUUAAUUCAAAAGGAAAAGAUACUACUGACACUAUGUCAUUCAGGAAUCUGGAAGAUGAAAAUAUGGAGACUAUGGAUUUCGAAGAAAUUUCCGAUGGUGAAUUAGAAGAGGACAUUAAAACAAGCGGUAAAGGUUUAGGAGAUGCCUUAGGAGUUGAUUGGGAAAGUCUCGUAAAAGAAACGCAGCCGCGAAGAUCUACAUCGUGUAAUCAAAAUGCAGAAAAUCGUUGGCAAUGUAAGGCAAUUCUUCAUAGAAUUGGUAUUUCCGCGAAAUAUGGAGGCGAAGAUUUAAUGAAGAAAUUAGCGAAGAAAUGUGGAAAAAAUGAUCAUUCAGAAUUUUUCCUUCACAAUGUUGCAUUCAUGCACACGGCUCUUGUUCGAAAUCGCUUGUUACAUAAUCUAAAUAACGAAAUGUUACCUGCGAUGGACGACUUUUUGUAUAAGAAUAGCAAUGUAAAUACUGAAGAAGAUGUGGAUUAUGAUUUAGAAGUCUUGAGACCGUGUACAGCCCUAUAUGAAGAAGCAAAAUGUUUAUUACAACAAGUUGUAUGAAAAAGCGUUUAUUUAUAGGACAUGACUCCCAAAAUUGCACUUUGCAGCUAUAUUAAAUAGUAGAAUAUAAUGCGAAAGUGCAUCGAUUUAUUAUAUGUUGGAUUGGUUCAGUUGCCAACUGCAGCCAAUUUAACCUUUAGUGGUGCAAUGUAGGAAAAAAUUAAAUUGAUCCAUUUCUUUUUAACAUUUAGCCCUUCGAUUACGAUAAUUGAAUAUUUUUUGUAUAUUAUUCAUUUUUUAUAUAUUAUUCUUUACAAGAAUCAUAAUCGUCAAGGUUGAUUAUGAUCGAGUAACUGUAUUGAAAAAGCAUAAAACGUACACGAAUAUUACGUUACUAUUUUAUAUCAUUAUUUUCUUUAAAUUACAAAAAAAUUAUAAAUGUUUUAGAUGCUUAAAUCUAAACAAAACCAUUUCUAAAAAUCUUGUGUGCUUAUAAUUUUGGAAAAACAAGUAUGUUUUCUUAAGAUUUUAAUGAUUUGACUUAAAUGAUUUGAUUCGUAUUAAUGUAGUAAUUGUAAUUUUUAUCAGGUGUUUUAUCAAAUUUUUGUACACAUCUGAAAGGUAUGUAUAGAUAAUAUUACAUAUAACAAUUCAUUUUUAAUAUGAGCAAACGAUUAUUUUCUUUCUUUAUGAAAAUCAUAUUUCCUUUGUACUAUUUUUGGAAUAAAAAUUAGCAUUAUUUAAAAAAUUUCUUAUCAUAUUCAAAGGUAACAGCUGCGACAACAUCAUUUUGCAGUAUAGUCAUUGCUUCCUUUAAUAGACGCUCGUUUUCAUCAUUCUAAAAAGGCAUAUGAUGUAAAUAUAAAAAUUAUUACUUCAGAAUAAAUAAAUAAAUAAAUAAUAUAAACACCUGUAUAGAAAAAUGUGCGUGAUCAUUUGCGAUGUUCCGUUGUUGUUGUAUUCUUUUCAUUUUUUCCAUGUUUGUGCAAUAUAAUUCAUACAAAAUAAGACCUGAAACGU